AUGCCUUUGAGAGUUGGAAUCGUCGGAACCGGUAUUUUCGCCACCGACUCACAUUUGCCCGUCAUUCAAUCCCUUCCGGAGCUCAAGCCCUCUGCAGCAUACAACAGAACCAAGAGCAAGGCCGAUGCAUUCGCUGAAAAGGCCAGCAUUGAGGCCGCGGAGGUGUACGAGAACCUUGACGACAUCGUUGCUUCGAGCAAAGUCGACUUUAUCGAUGCGUUGUUGCCGGUUCAAAACAACGUCAACGUGAUCAGAACCGCUAUCAAGUUCAACAAGCCAAUUGUGGUGGAAAAGCCAAUUGCCGCCAACUUGUCGCAGGCACGCGAGAUUGUUGAGUUGGCCGAGGCCUCAAAAUUGCCAAUUGGUAUUCUCGAGCAAUGGGCCUUCUUCAAUGGAAUCACCGAGGUCAAGAAGGUGUUGCCCAAGAUCGGUGACAUCAUCUCUUUCACAUACAAGGCCACUGGUCCAUGGAAUCCCGACAACAAGUACAUGGCCACGCCCUGGAGACAAAACCCGGAACACAUUGGUGGUUAUUUGAGUGAUGGAGGUGUUCACCAAUUGGCCCUUCUCACAGAAAUCUUGGGAGAGGUCGACACUGUCAGCGCUCAGACCAAGCAGGUCAGAGAGCUGAGCGGUACUGACGAUAUUUUGUUCUCUACAUUCAAAUUGAAGUCCGGUGCCAUCGGUACCUUCACUUAUGGCUCUGCCUUCGGUGCAACUGACAAGUCUACCAGUUUGACCAUCUACGGUACCAACGGUUCGAUUGUAUACGACUUCUCACCUUCAUUGCCUAAGCCAACCGUGACCUACCAAACCGGCGGUAAUUCCAAGGAGGCCUCUGAGAAGACAACCAUUGAAAUCGACGAGGUAAACGCUUUGGAGGAGGAGUUCAAGAACUUCGCUGAGGCCGUCAAGGCCAAGGAUAAGAGUUUGGUGAGAGUCCCACCAGCAAAGGCCUUCCACCAUUUGGCCAUCAUCGCUGCUGCUCUUGAAUCCAGCAGUAACGGUGGCUCUAGCACAAAAGUUGAGCUCCCAUAA